CCAAAGCUUUCAAAUCUCUGUUAUCGAUAACAAAAAAGAGUAGUUGGCGGUCAUCUGGCAGCGCUGUCAUCUUCUGUUUUUGUUUUUAUCAUUUUAUCAGUUAGGUUACUGACGAUUCUGGUUGACUUAUGUGACAAUUUCGUCGAUUUGCAGCGGCUAGUCAAGGAUCCCCACCACCAUGAAUGCCUUAAGGCGCUUGACCCACCGCCCAACAGGCAGUACCUUCAGCUUCCUGUCGGGCCUUUCCAGAGCGACGUCCGCCAGCUCCUCCAGUUCCUGCACAUCCAGUUCAACUAGGAGCAGCAGCACCAGCAAGCAACUGACUGCCACAGAAGUGCGCAACUCCCAGAUCCUGCUCGAGCACAAGGGCAGCCUGGGCCAGCCCACAGCGCUGUCGCAUCCGCACCUUAUUCGCCCCCAGGAGCUGGUGCCGGGUGUGGAACAGAGCGAGUUCAGCGAGCGUAGGACCAAACUGAUGCAGAACCUCCGGACCUAUGCUCGUAGUUUCGGGGUAGUGUUCAGUGGCCACGUCAGCGCCUGUCACAUGGUCGUUGUUGGAGCGGCUUCCAAGAAGUACAUGAGCGGAAAAAUUCCGUACGUUUUUCGGCAGAACUCUGACUUUUACUACCUGACUGGCUGCCUGGAACCGGAUGCUGUGCUCCUCAUCACCAUGGAUGAGAAAGAGACCGUGCGCUCCGAGCUCUUCAUGCGGCCCAAGGAUCCGCAUGCCGAGCUGUGGGAUGGGCCUCGCACCGGACCCGAGAUGGCGGUGCCGCUGUUCGGCGUCAACGAAGCCCAUCCGCUAGAUCAGCUGGAGGAAGUGCUCGCCAAGCGGGCCGCAGACUCCAAGCCGCACCUCUGGUUCGACCGGAAGCACUCCGAUCUUCCUUCCCUGACCGAGGACAUGAAGCGCCUGAGCGAAACGGUGAAGCGGCCCCUCCUGCCGACCUACUCCUUCAUUGGGGGCCUGCGGCUGAUCAAAUCUCCCGCAGAAAUGGAUCUCAUGCGCCGCACCUGCGCUAUAGCCUCCCACUCCUUCAACGAGGUGAUGGCCGAGAGCCGGCCCGGCCUGUCGGAGCACCACCUGUUCGCGUCUAUCGACUUCAAGUGCCGUAUGCGCGACGCCAGUUACUUGGCCUAUCUGCCAGUGGUGGCCUCCGGAACGAACGCCACCGUUAUCCACUACGUAACCAACAACCAAAUAGUGGGGGAGAAGGACAUGGUGCUGAUGGACGCCGGCUGCGAGUACGGCGGCUACACCAGCGACAUCACCCGCACCUGGCCGGCCAGCGGAGUGUUCACGGAUCCGCAACGCACCCUCUACGAGAUGCUCCACCAGUUGCAGCUAGACAUCAUCGACAUGAUCAUGGGGCCCGGGGGCGAAACCCUGGACGAUCUGUUUGAGAGCACCUGCUUCAAGCUGGGCAAGUACCUGCAGGAGAUCGGCCUGGUGUCCAAGUCGGUCACCGACGUCAAGGACCUGGCCCAGCAGGGCUACCGCUUCUGUCCCCACCACGUCUCCCACUACCUCGGCAUGGAUGUGCACGACACGCCGCAUGUGUCGCGCAGCGAGCGCAUAGUGCCCGGCAUGGUCUUCACCGUGGAGCCGGGCGUCUACAUCAGUCCCGACUGCAAGGAUGUGCCGCCGGAGUUCCGCGGCAUCGGCAUCCGCAUCGAGGACGACCUGCUGAUCAACGAGAAGGGUCAGGUUGAGAUUCUCACCGCGACCUGCGUCAAGGACUCGCGCGCGCUCGAAAAGCUCUGCCAGCAGCAGAAGAAGGAGCAGCAGGCCGAGUAGCAGCAGCCAGUCCCCAAAUUCCUAGUCAUACGUCGCUGUUGCGGCGCAUCUUCGUACCUUACCCCCGUCUCCAACAAAAUUGAUGUAAAAAGAAGUUGAUUUUAUUUUAAAUGAGAAAAUGGCCAAAUAAAAUUUGAAAUGCGAUCAGGAA